AAUGAGAUCAUCUUGCAUGGGAGAAAGUCACAUUCAGUAAAUGACCAAGCAGUGGUAAUGUAGUACCUAACUUAAGUAAUAAAUUUUCAUAUAUUCUUUAGGCCUAAAUGAUUUUCAACCUGAAUCGGAGGAUGCCGAUGACCCCGAAUGCCAGGUUCUGCGUAAUUCUAUUGAAAGUUCAGUGGCGCAGAUUCUAAAAAUGAUUAAUGAAUUGAAUAAAGAAAGUCCGCUAAUUUUGAAUGACUUAGCAAAGAAAAGUUGGCGAACGAUAGGAGAGAAGACUUUGGAUUCCGUGGUAGAUGAUGUUUACUAUUUUGUUGACGCUCUUAUUAAGAAAUUAAAUUUGGGAAUGAUUUUCGUUCUACUUCAGGAAGAAUCGCGUCAUGCCCAGACUAUGCAAGACCUCCGUCAACGUCGCGAUAUUUGUCUUUCACAGGCAGUAACGGCACUCAUUUGUGGAUUUGAAGCUAAAAUUUACACAUCACUAUUUGACGCAAGUUUCAUGAAACAACUUUGUGAGAUUGGUGUUCUUGCUGAAUUUGAAUGUCUUCUGAGUACUUACGGUGAUGAAAUGGGAAUGUUAGAAGACAUGUCCAUUGCAAUACGCGAUCUUUCAUGUGUCAAAUUUAAGUUCGCUUGCUCUGAUAACGAAACGAUUCCCUACGUCACUGGAACAAGGGCUAAUAUUCAUGUUACCAUACUCCUCGAAACAGAAUAUUUCUGUUAUUUACCCAAAGAAUUGCAAGAAGGAAAAUUAAUACAAGUUUCUCCAGUUAUUUUCACUCAAGGGAUCAACGAACAUGCGACUUUAGCUGAAAGGUGACUGUAAUGAUUUAUACCGUACAUCCCCAUUCAUGUAUGAUAAAAACCAUUGAAAGAUCUUGUAUAAUUACACAGUAUCACUCAGUAAC